AUGGCGCUAGAACAUGUUUGCGAGAAGCGGCGUCUUUGCAGCGAAGAGUUUCAUCUGAAGAUCAAUUGGGAUGAUUUGGUUUGCCCCAUUUGUUUGGAUUCCCCUCACAACGGCGUCCUUCUCCAGUGUUCAUCUUACGAAAACGGAUGCCGAGCAUUCGUCUGCAACACAGAUCAUCUCCACUCCAACUGUUUGGAUCGUUUCAUCAGCGCUUGCGGAACAGAAUCGCCUCCAGCUCCUGAAUCACCUCCGUCGAAGGUUCUAGAAGAGAAUUGCAAACCGGUGUGUCCACUCUGUAGAGGAGAUGUCACCGGCUGGCUCGUUGUGGAAGAAGCUCGUCUCCGUCUCGACGAGAAGAAACGUUGCUGCGAGGAAGAGAGAUGCAGAUUCAUGGGUACUUACACGGAGCUACGCAAGCACGCGCAGUCAGAGCAUCCGGAUUCUCGUCCUUCGAAGAUAGAUCCAGCGAGGAAACUCGACUGGGAGAAUUUCCAGCAGUCGUCUGAGAUCAUCGACGUGUUGAGCACAAUCCACUCGGAGGUUCCGAGGGGAGUGGUUUUAGGGGACUAUGUGAUUGAAUACGGAGAUGACGACACAGGGGAUGAGUAUGAGGAUGUACCUAACAAUGAAGGAAACUGGUGGACGUCUUGUAUACUGUAUCAGAUGUUUGACAAUAUAAGGAAUGCGAGGAACCGGAGGAGAUCGAGGAUGAGUGAGAGCAGGAGAGGGAGUCGUCGCUCUAGCUAUGAUAACUCCAACUCUGAUGACAGCUCGGUAGCGUCGAUAGAGUUCACAGAUUAUAGAGUAGAUGAGAUCGAUGAUGAGUUCGUCACCACAAGUGGAGCCAACAGAAUUAGUAGCUCUUUGCAUCAAAGUUCAAGAAGGCGUCGUUCCCGCUUCUAUGAAAAUUAG